AUGACAAAAGAGGUAUCUCCCAUCGCACAAGAACAUGUUCUCCCAAAAAGCUUCACGCCAACGGAAAGACAAGAGUGGUCCGAGUUGUUGGAAGAACAAGAAAAGUAUAUCAAGCAAGUCAAGGAUGCCUUCCAUGCAAUCAUGGAGUGUCACGAAAAGAAAAUCCAAGAAUUGAACAAGUGGAAAGAAGCGCACGAUAAUCUGGCUCUAGAACUGAAAGAUAUUGCGGAAGAAUUAUCACACGUGCAGGAACAAUGGGAGAAGACUUCGCACAAAACGAGAACAACAAUUCUGAACAAGAGGAGUACUACUAUUAGUUGCAAAAAGGACAAAGAUCGACAGAGGUGCAGAACAAAGAAUCAAUCGAAAUGUCGUCGCCAACUUGUAUCGAUACCAGAUUUCCCUUUUCAUCUUCUGUGUCCCUUGACACAUGAGCCCUUGGUGGAUCCAGUGAUUGAUCAUGAGGGCAAUACCUAUGAAAAGACUGCCAUUCUAGAAUGGCUUGCUAUUCACCCAACGUCUCCUUUGACCCGCAAGUCUUUGACGGAGAAACAACUCAUUCCUAAUCGAGCCAUCAAGCAUGCGAUUGCUUGUUGGAAAGAAUAUAGCUAA